GCUGACAGUGAGACAUCAUAAAGGCACCAACACGCCUCAGUCUGCAUUGCAGUGCUCUCAGUUCUCCGGUCAGCUCGCUUCAUCCGCCGACAAACCAAAACAGACGAGCCGCAAACCAGCGGAGUCAUGCUGCUCCUAACCCUGCUUUUCGUGUCUUCAGCUGUAGCAACUCCUCUGCUCGGCACUGAGCAGUGUGCUCGUGGCCCCCCCUACUGGUGUCAGAAUGUAAAGACGGCAUCCCUGUGUGGAGCUGUGACUCACUGUCAGCAAAAUGUGUGGAACAAGCCUCAGAUGAAAACAGUGCCAUGUGACUUGUGUAAAGAGAUACUGAUUGUGGUGGAGCAAGCACUGAAAGACAAUGCAACUGAGGCUGAGGUUCUUGGGUACCUGGAGAAGGCCUGCCAGCUCCUUCCUGAUCAAGGUUUAACUGCAGAGUGCAAGGAGAUGGUUGAUAACUACUUCCCCAUCAUCAUGGGGAUCAUCACUGGGGAGUUGGAGGAUCCUUCUGUGGUAUGCGGCGCUAUCGGACUUUGUCAGUCUCAGCAGGCAGCCCUGGCUAAGGUUCACACCCAGGAGCAGCUCAUGUCCAAUGAAAUACCCCAGGUUGACCUUUCCCAACAAGUGGCACCCUUCCUCCUCAAUGUGCCUCAGCUCCUUUAUCCUCAGGAGAGCCCCAAAGAGGAGGCCCCCAAGCAAGAGACUCAAAAGCAGGAAAGUGAUGUGGUGUGCCAGGAUUGCAUCAAGUUCCUGACUGAUGCUCAAGCAGAAGCCAAGGCUAACUCCUCAUUUAUUACCUCGCUUAUUGCAAAUAUUGAGAACCAGUGUGACCUGUUGGGGCCAAGCUUGUCUGAUAUGUGCAAGCAGUACGUUGGCGAGUAUGGUGAACUUAUUAUUGAGCAGCUCAUGUCCAUGCAACCCAAGGAUUUGUGUGCCCAUGCUGGCUUUUGUGAUGCUAUGAAGAAGUCCAUUCCCAUGCUGAAGCUUGAGGCUGCCAAGACUGUACCUGCUGCCAAAGUUUUACCUGCUGCCAAGCUUUUCCCUGCCACCAAGAUGGACUCUGCUACUGAAAAGUCUACUAAGCCCAUGGUUCGUGUCCGUGACUCCCCAACAUGUGCCAUCUGUGAGUUUGUAAUGAAGCAGCUGGAGAGUAUGCUGGAGGAUCAAACAACAGAGGAGGAGGUUAUUCAAGCAGUGGAGAAGGUGUGCACACUUCUGCCCUCCACGCUGACUGCCCAGUGCAAGGACCUGAUUGAGACCUAUGGUCAGGCCAUCAUUGAGCUGCUGGUGCAGCAGGCUGACCCCAAGACUGUCUGCACGGUGCUGGCACUGUGCAAUGAUGCCAGCCGUAAAUUUGUGUCUGCACUUGAUCAGCCUCGCUUCAAGGCUGGAGGCUACUGUGAUGUGUGUAAAAUGGCAGUUAAUUACAUCGAUGGCAUUCUGGAGAAGAACGCUACCGAGGCUGAGAUUGAGGAGGCAGUGAUGAAAGUAUGCAAUUUCCUGCCUUCCUCUUACCGGGCCGAGUGUGACCAGUUGGUUGAACAGUAUGAGCCGAUUCUUGUCCAGCUGCUGCUCCAGAUGCUCGACCCAGACUUUGUGUGCAUGAAAGUGGGAGCCUGUCCUGAAGCCGUGCGCAGGCUGCUGGGAACAGAACAGUGCAGCUGGGGACCUGCAUUCUGGUGCAAGAACAUGGAGACAGCAACUCGGUGCAAUGCUGUGGCUCACUGCAAACGCCAUGUGUGGGUAUAGAGAAAGAACAGCACACACUGACCUGUAGGGAAUUAAAAGAAAAUUACUGUAGUGCUGCUUCCCACUUGUAAUUUUUGUCCUGUUUUCUCUUUAACAGACAUACACAACUGCAAUUUAUGUUUAAAUUAACUUUGAUAUUUUGAAUGAUGCCAUGGUGGAAAGGGACUGGCCUUUUUUUUUGUUUUUUGUUUUUUCCUGGGGGGUAGAUUGGGGAGUGUGUGUGUGUUACUGUUGGCAGGGGAGGAAUGAUUACAUGUACAUUGGCCAACAUUUCAGCCUGUUACUGCUUGACAGAGCAGGAGUCACAAAGCUGCAUUAUUGGGCUUGGCAGAUUUGCACCAUUUGAGCUGUACUUACCUGUAUCGCUUGCUGGUUUGAUGAAAGUAACAACGCAAAUUUUAGUUUCACACUUUGAAUAAUGUAGACUAAGCAUCAGAUUUCUGUUGUUCUAAUGAUUUUUCAGCCUCCUCCCCAGCGACAUUUUCAUCUUCUCCCUGAAAGGUCUGAUUGCAGAUCCAGUGUAUUAAAGACUGGCAUUACUUUUAGCAGAAUGUCUGAUCCUUGAACAGAUUUAUAUUUUGUAGACAGACUUGUUGAUGUUGUUUUUAUGAGCUGAUAUGGAGGUAACUAGUUGGACUGUACCUCCCAUUGUUUGCACUCUUCCUACUGUUUGUAAAUUAGUGUGUUUUUAACACACAAAGCUUCUCAAAUUCAGAUGUCUGCUUCAAAACCUGGGCCAACUGUCAGUUGAUCUGUAAACUUUUUAACAAUUAAAGUGAUCCCAAUCCACUCCAA